GUGGCGUUUCGAACGAUGCACUUCAAAUUGGAAACCGUUGAAGUUGUUAGCGUUGGUGCUAAUUUAGUUCUAACUUUUUAACAAUCAAAAUUAGAGAAUAAUAACAAAGUUUAAUUGAGACAACUACAGAAAACUGUGAGGAAAAAGAUGUUAAAUGAGCCAAAUAAAGACCACAUUCCGGAGAAAUUUCCAAGAGAAAGAAACAACAUUGAUGACUUCAUAAAGAGGAGACCAAGUCUUAACAGAAGUAUUACUGGUGGUGGUUCUGGUUCAACUUUUCGAGCUGCUUGUGCUGCGGUAGACUCAUCCCUACCUCCUUCUGGGAAGAAACAUAAAAUAACAGAACUAUGUCUGAAUCAUACCCUGAAGGAAAUGAAGUUUAAUGCCUUAGAAAAAGAGCAAGAUGCUGUUGCUGCCUAUUCAGAAAGGCUACGGGAUAACAUUGAAGACAUUCUAAACAAAGUUCUAGUUUCUACUGGAGAUAAAGCUCAUCAGAAAUUUGAGAAACGAACAAGAUCAGCCACAAAACAACUGAAGAAUGAGAAGUUGCUGUGGAAUGAAGAAUACAAAAAGAGAAGAGAAGCCUAUUUAGAUGCAAAGAGUAAGCUUAAAGAUGUCUUGAAGGGAAGAGUGCAAAUUGAAACAGGCCGAUUGAAAUCUGAAGAUGUAAAGUUUCUAAAGAGCUUACCAGAUUUUGCAGCAGUCAACAAGAAAAUUGUUUCAUAUCAAACACGCCACUACAUAGGACUCGUACACCUGGAAAAAAAUUCCCAACAACUACAUCGGUCCUUAUCAACGGUUGAGCGUCAACUAGACGAAGUUCAGAGCAUGAUAGUUCCAACUUUUCAAUGGACAUAGGACCUUCUCCCAUUCCUUUCUGGAUAACGACGUCUACAAUAAUCCUUUCUUCCGCUACAUAAUCCGCUAUACUUUGUAAAAAUUGACAUUUCGCAUUUUAAGGUUUAUUAAACAAACAAUUGAAUUAUUAAAAUUUCUUUUAACGAAUCAGGCUGGCUUUCUUGUUGACGUAUGACAUGUGAUGGAGGUACUCCUGGCGGUAAAGUCCUCCCCGGAUUUCUAAUAUGAAUUUUAACUUCGCCACAACUUGUUCGAUGGUCUUCGAGUCACACUCAAUUCGCAAACGCCUCCAUUUUCUUUUAUCUGUGUCGUAAUACAUAAUAGCAACUGA